AUGAACGGGGAUGAAAAUAAAGGUUUUGUUUUUCAUGUAGGUUUUGAAUCUUUUAAGAAUAUACGAAAUGUGAGUGAUUUUUUGUAGAUAGGUUAUGAGUUACCUGGUCGAGCUCAAGUUGGAAUGAAGUUCGCGAAUCUUCGAUUGCAUGCUUGGGGUGUUUUCAGUAAUGUGUAUCGUGGAACCCUUCUGAGUCCAGCACCAGAACAAGAAGUUGCUAUCAAAAAAACAUGGCCGAGUUAGUUUAAAAUCCUAAACGAAGCAACAACAAUAUUAUUUUCUAGAAACUUCUGAGAAGAACUUUGAACUACUAUUCCUAUCCGGUAUCGGAAGAGCUUCUCAUAAAAAUAUAGUUCAAAUGCUUUUCGCGUUUUCUCGAAGUACUCCAAGCACUCAACAUCCAGAAUUAGAACCUUCGACAUGUGAGAGUUAUGUUUUCUCGUUUUUUCCCGAAACAUUGGCGACAGUUUUGAAAGCAUCAAGAUUGGAUGACGUAGAUAUUAAAAUUUACACGUGGCAAUUAUUUGAAGGGUUACGAUAUCUACAAGCAGUGAGUUAAUUGAUUUUCAUAUCACAUAUAACCUAUUUUUUUCCAGCACAUGAUAGUUCACAGAGAUAUCAAACCAGUUAAUCUUCUUGUUGAUCCAGGAAAAGGUAUUCUGAAAAUAGGUGAUUUUGGAAAUGCGAAAGUUGUCAAACGAGGAAGUCUCUCUACACCUUACCAAGUUACAAGAUUCUACCGAGCUCCUGAAUUACUUCUUGAUUGCAAAGAUUAUUAUUGGUUUGUUGAUGUUUGGUCAGCUGGUUGUUGUGUGGGUGAAAUGAUGACUGGUACAAUAUUAUUUCCUGGAGAAUCCACAAGAAAAAUGUUGAAACUUAUUGUUCGAGUACUGGGUUUUCCAUCCCCAAAAGAUCAUGAUUAUAUGAAAACAACAAAAAUUUUGGUUGAAGACGGGAACAGCAUGAAAAAUCCAGUUGGAAUGAAAGGUUUACUAGGCAAUGUAAAUCAAGCGUGGUGUUCUUUUCUAGCAGAAAUUCUUUGUUAUCGGCCAAGAGAAAGAUUGCAUGGUCCAAAGUUGCUCAAUCAUGCAUUUUUUGAUGAGAUUUUCACGUAAGUUUUGAGAAAACUAGACUAUAGGAAUACAAGUUUGUUUUAGUGGUAAAUGUGUGAGGUUUAAUGGUGUUAAUGUUGCCGACAUCAUAACACCCUCGGAAUUUGAAACUGCUCUUCGUGAUGAUUACACAGCUGGCCGCCGUUAUGCUUCUCAAGUUUCGAAGGGGGAAGUCAAGUUUUCCCUACGUCCUGAGACACCAACUACAGUUCCGAAUGCAUUAAAAGCUUCUGAUGUUUCACCAUUAAACACAAAAAGAAUUUGUUGA